GCUGACGGAGGUGUUGGGUGUUGGGUAGGGAGAUAGAGAAAAGAUGCUGGUUAAGUAAAUUUCUCUGCAGAUCCAGUGCCUUUCAGUCCCGCGAUCCCAUACUGCUGGGGUGGAAAAAUGAAGAAAUUAAGGCUUAAGGAACUAGAGAGUCGCCUACAGCAAGUAGAUGGAUUCGAAAAGCCCAAGCUACUUCUAGAACAGUAUCCGACCAGGCCUCAUAUUGCAGCCUGUAUGCUCUAUACAAUCCAUAACACAUAUGAUGACAUUGAAAAUAAAAUGGUUGCAGAUCUAGGAUGUGGUUGUGGAGUGCUUAGCAUCGGAACUGCAAUGUUAGGAGCAGGGUUAUGUGUUGGAUUUGACAUAGAUGAAGACGCAUUGGAAAUAUUUAACAGGAAUGUGGAAGAGUUUGAGUUAACAAAUGUUGACAUGAUUCAGUGUGAUGUGUGCUCAUUGUCUAACAGAAUAUCCAAGUCAUUUGAUACAGUAAUUAUGAAUCCUCCCUUUGGAACCAAAAAUAAUAAAGGAACAGAUAUGACUUUUCUGAAGAUUGCACUGGAAAUGGCAAGAACAGCAGUAUAUUCUUUACACAAAUCCUCAACUAGAGAACAUAUCCAAAAGAAAGCUGCAGAAUGGAAAAUCAAGAUAGAUAUUAUUGCAGAACUGAAAUAUGACCUACCAGCAUUGUACAAAUUUCAUAAGAAGAAAUCCGUGGACAUUGAAGUGGACCUAAUUCGGUUUUCUUUUUAAAAGACGUCAAAGACAUAAGCAGCCUAAAACCUAAUUAUUAAAAUGAAUAAAAAAAUUUUUUUUUUUUACUAAA